CCCAGACCCACACGCAGCCAGCCACAUACCGUGAGGAGCGAGGGGAGUGGCCGACGUGCCGUCACCUCCCUCCAGAUCCGCGGCGAGCCGUGAACGAGACAAACUGAAGGAUGGAAUUGAAAUUUGAGGAGGUAUCUGCCCUAGACAAAGAUAACGUUAGUGGUGAAGAUAGAUUAAUUACAGUAAGAAGUGCGUAUCCACGGACCCGUGGCCCUCACUUUAAACUCACUGAGGGAUUUGAUAUGAGAAAGAUUGAAGAGCUUAUGCUAGAAAAGUCUGUUUCAAUGGCCAAGUCCAUAGCAAAUGACAUAAUCAUCCCAGACCCUACUCCCCAGUGGGUGUGUGAUAUCGUCUUCGACAAAUACGCCAAAUUGGAGCCCAUCUUUUUGAAGGAUAGUGUCCAGUGCUUCCUUGGAUUAUUCAAGAGCUGUGGGGGCAGGGGCAUGUCAUGGGAUCUUACCAUCACUGCACAAACCUUAACCUUCAUGAUCAGUUUCAAUGCCCUGCAAUGUGCACAACUUGUAUUGGAGGGCGAGGCACCUGAGCUCCGUGGGAUGCACGCCAAUCCCAACUGCAUAAACAAAUAUGGAUACUUCCCGCUCCACCAAGCUGCUGAAAGGUUCUCUGUUGACAUGAUCAAGCUACUUUUACGCCAUGGUGCAUCAGCCAAUGUACGCACAGUUGGCAAGGAAAUUAUUGAGGAUCUACUCCCGCUGCAUGUCGCAGUAGAGAAUACUUGCCUGCAUAAGUAUCUAGAGGACAAUCUGGAGGACAAUCUUUCUCCCAGCCUGAAUCAUCUGGAUUAUAUCUACAAUCUUAUCCGUCUGCUGUGUCUACCUGAAAUGAAGAUCUUCUUGGAUACAACUAGACUGCUUGCAGAAAAAACAAAUAAUCUACUUGGAGAGCUCUGGAAAUACAUUAAGGAUGGAAAACUUACCCAGUCUGCAAUUCUACUGCUGGCCGCUCAAGAUCAGAUCCGUGGAGGCUGUUCAUCCAGUAGUAAGAAAGAUGGGUUUGACAUCAUCAAGAGCAGUAUACUGAGGCUUUCAUUUACCUUGAUAUGGGGGAAAGGUUCAAAUGAAAUGCCACAGAAGCUUCUGGACGAAAUGAAGGCACUUUAUUGCGCAGGUCUGCUUGUUGAUGUAAUUUCCCGUGUCGGUGAACCUCUUUCUGCAUACAUUCAAGCACAUUCAGAGGUGCCCCAUGAGAAGGUCUUGGAACAUGUUUCAUCUAUCCUCAAGGAGUAUGGGUUUUGCCCUACUGGAGAUUCCAUGGACACUUUAAACCUCCAGCCUUAUGACUGCAAAAAGUCGGACGGAGAGUCAUGCGGGUCUACAGAUGCAAACAGGGCAGCUACGAAAACGGCAAAUCUGCAUGCUGCAAAGAAAAAGGCUGCGAGAAAGGAAGUAGGUGGUGGAUGGGAUCCCACAUAUGCAAGGAGAAGGUUUUUCCCAUAUUGGAGAUCAGUAUUACAAGCCAAGAACAGAUGCUAGGUCUGUGCUUGAUAUUGAACACCUCCACGCCUCUGUGAGAAACUCAAUGGCCAAUGGAUCUACUCCAACUCCUAUUAUAAUUGGUCCAGUGGGAAGAAUCUCACCACUUACAAGAAAUAAUCAACCCACAAGACGCAUUAUCACUGCUGCUACUGGUGCAUUGAAGCUCUUGAAGGCGCUAAAGUAGAGUAGAAAGGUAUGCCAUGAGUUUCAUCUUGCUAUCCCAAGUUUUCUAAACAUGCCCCAGAUAAACACAUGGAAAAAAUGAACUGUGGUGCUGCCACCUUUAACUAGUAAGAUAAGUAUUUUAUUAUUGUGGCUUAUUUUCCCACUGUUUUAAGUUUGUAGUCUCCAGGUUCUUGUACUUCAACACGGCUACGCCAAGCUUGGGUAUGUUUGUUUGCUUGGCAAUGAGCAACCCUGCAAUUAUCUCUUUCCUCCAACUGGUCCAUAUGCAGAUAAUUUAGAUGAUUUUGACAUCCGAAUCCUUGUGGAUGGGAAGCAAUAGAGAUCCACUUAAUUUGUACUCCCUCUGAUCCAUAAUAAGUGUCGCAGUUUUGAACAAAAGUUGAACUAACCUUAGUUUAAAAUUGCGACACUUAUUUUGGAUAGUAGGGAGUAGUGUGUUUUAGUUUCUUAGGGAAUUCUCAGCCAUGGAAAAUGUAUAGCACAUUUGAUUUUAUGGAUAUAUAGUAGUAGUUAACCGAACAUCGAUAAUGUGGGUAGGUAGCCAGUGCUCAACGCAUAAUGAGCGGCUUCUAUUUUUUUUCUUUCAACUGAUGAGCGUAUUCUAUUGAUGCUCACCGACAACAUGUUGUUGAGUAGCUUUGGAGUGCUUCUUCAACCUCCUGCACAUAGGGACAUGCCUUUGUAUUCGAUUAUUCAUCCUUAGAGCAUCUCCAACAGAUGAUGUAAAAGUUAGUGCCCAAAAAUGAUUUUAGGGCAAGAGAGUCUUUGGGCAUCAGAAAAUUUUCUGCCGUAACAGUGGGGAGGCCAAGAGGCGGAUCUGGCGGCAGGGAAGAACUCGGUGGGAUGGCGAUGGUGAUAGCGGAAUCCGGCGGUGGGGAAGUUGGGGGCCGGUUGCAAGAGCUCAGGGACAACGGCGAGGUGCUUGGGGCCGGCGGCGCAACGGAGGUUG